AUGAAAGAGAUUGAACGGGAUUCAGAUCCUCCGGAGGAUGCCGGAAAAUCUGAAUCUUCACCCGACUUUUUUAUUGAUUCUAGUUCUACUGAUACAUUUCAUCAGACUGAUGCUGUUAAGCCUAUGAAACGUAAAGCUUAUAAUAUAUCGUCCUUAAAUUUAGAACCUAUGAAGAAAGUGUCUUCUCUUCCCUCAGCAGCCAUACAGAACAUAUUUGUUCAUCCUUUGUCUGAAGAAAAGAAACGCUACAAUAGUAAUGACAGUGCACCUUUUAUUGUUCAUAUUAUAAAACCGUCAAUGGAGCCCUCCUCGGCAACAACAAUUAGGUCAAUUAAAGUGGGUCAAUUUCUUAACCAAAAUAAUAUUCAGGGAAUUUUAAAAAAUGAUGUUAAGAGCAUAGGACGCAAUCGAAUUUCUAUUGAAUUUUCUUCACACCAUCUAGCUAACGAUUUUGUUGUAAGUCCAUUACUUGCUAAAGCAAAUUUCGUAGCCGUAAUUCUUAUCCAUGCUAUUAAGAGAAUGGGUAUCAUUAGAGGUAUUCCAGUCGAUGUUGGUAUGGAUGAAUUCGUUUCUUCCUUCUUCUACGGAAAUAAUUUGCACUCGUCGUCUAAACUGUAA